AUGGGUAUCAAAAUCGUCAUUGUAGGCGGCAGUGUCGCUGGCCUUUCUCUUGCCAAUAUGCUGGAGAGAUUCGACAUCGAAUACACGAUUCUCGAAGCGUAUCCUGAGAUUGCGCCCCAAGUCGGAGCUAGCAUCGGCUUACUUCCCAACGGCCUGCGCAUCCUGGAUCAACUAGGCUGCUAUGAGCGACUCCGAGAGGCUGCUGGAAACUACUACCACAGGGUGACCUUCCGCGAUGCGAAUGGGAAACCAAUCUCAUCAGCUCCUGGACCUACUAUUUCAGAAAGAAUGGAGAAACACGCCGGAUACGCGUCUUUGUGGUUAGAUAGACAGAUGUUGCUUCAAAUCCUGUACGACAACUUGAAACAAAAGGACAAAGUCCUUACGAGCAAGCGUGUAGUCCACGUGGAAACCAGCUCUACAGGAGUUUUGGUCACCACGGAGGAUGGAUCGACACAUACCGGCGAUAUCCUGGUCGGCGGUGAUGGAGUUCAUAGUAAGGUACGAGAAGAGAUGUGGCGGAUAGCUAGUGUCUCUGAUCCAAUUGCGUUUCCCCAGUCAGAGAGAUCAAUCGUACAAUCGAGCAUGAAGUGCAUCUUCGGAAUUUCUAAGCAACCAGUAAACUUCCCGCCUGGUGCUACUCAGCAGAGCACGUUCUUCCGAGGCCAUCUAUACCUGGUCAUAUCCGCACCGGGAGACCGGGUGUAUUGGUUCCUGUUCCACGAAUUAGGAGAGACAAAAUUCGGAAAAGACAUUCCUAAAUUCUCUAAGGAGGAUGAGUUCUUGCUGUCGACACAACAUCGACAUGAUCACAUCACAGAAGAACUGACGUUCGGGGAUCUCUACGACAACCGUAUCAAGUCUACCUUGGUCCCGUUGGAGGAACAUGUGUUCAGGCGAUGGCAUUUCCAGAGGAUUCUUAUCAUUGGUGAUGCGGCAACCAAGGUACUGCCGUAA